GAGGUAGAUAAAAAAAAAUUUCAGGAAAAAUAAAGUAACUAAGGGUAGUUCUAUAUUACUCUCUCUAGCUAGGAAUAAAUCCCUAGCCACUCCGGUCCCUUACAAUCAAGCAGGGAAGAAAGCGAUAGGAGGGAAAAAGUGGCAGACCGUCGUUUGUAGCAAAACACCCCCAACCAAAACAAAAAAAAAAAGGAAGAAGAAGAAUAAUGGUAGCCAAGAAAGUACUUAUAUCGGGGAUAUCCUUUAUACUUGUGGUUGGGGUGGCUAUUGGAGUGGUGGCCAUAGUUAUUCACAACAAUGCGAAGAAGCCAGGACAUGAGAGCCUUUCGGCGCAGAUGAAGCUGGUGAACCAAAUGUGUGAUUAUACAGACCACCGGGCGGAGUGUCAGCAAUCUCUUAGCCCGGUGGCUCAAAACAGCAGCGCUGGUUUCAAGGACUACAUGAAGGCUGCAUUGCUUUCCAUCUCUGCAGAGGCUCAGAAAUCCUUCAACAUGACAGAGUCUCUCUUGGUUGACGCCAAAAAUGGCACCAGAGUCAAGAAGUCCAUUGAGGAAUGCAAGGACCUAAUGAAAGAAGCUCGUGAGGAGCUACAGGCCUUGGUCUCGUUCGUCGGUGAUGCUGAGUUGCACACCAUGACAGACCGCGCCUUGGAGCUGAAAAUCUGGAUCGGUAGUGUGAACAGUUACGCCGGAACAUGCAGGGAUGUAAUGGGAGAUGACGACCCUAAGGUUUCGGAGGCAAUGAAAGGACCCAUAGAUGACAUUACCGCAAUCACCGACAACGCUCUGGCCAUUAUGGGACAGAUUUCAAACAUCCUCGGAUGGUUUGGCGUCAAGCUAAAUGAGAAGGCAAUCAUUGAAAAAGCCAGCAACAGCAGGCGGCUUAUGGGUGGAACUCUAGAGGCAGAUAUCCCGAAAGAUGGGUACCCAAGCUGGAUGCCCAGCGCAGACCGCAAGCUUAUGGCUAAGCAAGACAAUGGCAGGAUUGCGCCCAAUGUUGUUGUAGCUCAAGAUGGCAGCGGGCAAUACAAGACCAUUAACGAGGCACUCAUGGCGUACCCUAAGGGCAACCAAGGACGCUUCGUUAUCUAUGUGAAGAAGGGAGUGUACAAGGAGACUGUCAUCAUAAACAAAAAGAUGCCCAACAUAUACAUGUAUGGUGAUGGCCCCAGAGCCACUAUCAUCACUGGUGACAAGGGAGAGGCGAACACAGGAGAUAAAAUAUCUACGAGCGGCACCUUCCAAGUGUACGCUAACGGAUUUAUUGGGAGGUCAAUGGGAUUCACCAACACCGCCGGUCCGGAAGCAAGACCCGCCGUGGCUCUUCGCACUUCCGGCGACAUGAUUAGCAUCUUCAACAGUAGAAUUAGUGGAUACCAAGACACCUUGUACAUGAAUAUUGGACGUCAGUUCUAUAGGAACUGCGUCAUUUCAGGACACGUGGAUUAUAUCUUCGGGGAUGCUCGAGUGGUCAUCCAAAACUCUUUAAUCAUCGUGAGGAAGUCGUCCCUCCCGCACCAGAACCAAGCCUUCAUCACCGCUCCAGGGCAACAAACCGCACACGAAGUCGGGGCUACCGUGAUCCACAACUGCAGGAUCGUGCCGGAGGAGGCACUCUUCCCCACGAGGUUGGAAGUGAGAACAUACCUGGGGAGGCCAUGGAAGACCUACGCUAGGGCUGCGUUCAUGGAGUGCACCAUGGCUGACUUUAUCAGACCUGAAGGGGUUGUCGCAUGGGACGGUAAGGACUUCAACACCGAACACGCCUUCUUUGGUGAGUUCAAGAACAAGGGACCUGGUGCCAACUUAGCCAACAGGGUGAAAUGGGCAAAGGGCGGCUUCACUGGCGAGAUGGAUAGGAAUACAGCUGCGAAAUUUACCGUCGAUAGCAUGCUACUACCAGACACAUGGUUGAAGCAGGCUACUAUUCCUUACUUACCUGGCUUCGAACGUGCUUAGUUAACUGAGAGAGAAGAAAAGAACAGAUGCAUAGAGAUCAGUCAUAUGUAUGUGGCACAGUUACGUACAGUAGCUCGUAUAUAUGUAUAUGAUCAUGUAAAUUAAGUUAAGUUAAUUAAUUACAUUAAUUAAUUUAGUAUA